AUGUAUUUCGUUAUUAUUUUUAACAUUCCAGGGGAGUGUCGGUCGGCUUUGGGCAUGGAGGAAGGUCGAAUCCCAGAUACGGCCAUCACAGCAAGUUCGUCAUACGAAGCCAAGUCCGUCGGUCCGCAGAACGCACGGCUACGACAAGAGAAAAAUGGUGGUGCAUGGUGCCCAAAGGCACAGAUUAGUAGCGAGGUGAGAGAGUUUCUGGAAGUGGAUCUGAUGCGACCUCACCUCAUCAUGUGCACGGAGACACAGGGCCGGUUUGGUAACGGGCAGGGACAGGAAUACGCGGAGCAGUUCCUCGUCGAGUACUGGAGGGACACCCUCCAGCAGUGGACAGUCUACAAGGACUCGCGUGGUCACAAGGUCCUGUCAGGAAACACCAACACCUACUUAGUGGUUCGCCAGGAGCUGGAACUACCGUUUGUAGCCAGUAGAGUUCGAUUCAUCCCCUACAGUCUUCACACGAGGACAGUGUGUAUGAGGGUGGAGCUGUAUGGCUGUCCUUGGGAACAGAGCAUAGUGAGUUAUUCAGCGCCUCGGGGGGAUGUGGAUUCUGCCCUAGAGGACCUGAGUUAUGACGGAAUUCUAGACGGCAGGCAAAUGCAUGGCGGCCUAGGACAACUUGUGGAUGGCUUGUUCGGUGACGACCACUUGCAGGAUGACACGCCAGACAGCAGAUGGGUUGGGUGGCUCAACGAUACUUUUGGGGGACAACCCGUCCAGAUAACCUUUGAGUUCGAUGGCCCCCGAGAGUUUUCAGCAGCCCAUCUACACACCAGCAACCUUCUCUCCAUGGACACUCAGGUAUUCACGGAAGCCCGCGUGUUCUUCAGCCUGGACGGCGAGCGAUACCAGCAGACACCUCUGUACUUCAGCCUCGAUACGAAGGGUGAGGAUGACUGGUUCCGCGACCCGCCACCGCACAAGGACGUCGGAGGAAAUUCACGAAACGUUACCAUCCCGCUGCAGAACAGAGUAGGCCGGUUCGUGAGAGUGGAGCUGGAGUUUUCGACCAAGUGGAUUUUGCUGAGUGAAGUGUACUUCGAUUCUGCGCCCAGUCUUAGCAACGUGACGGACGAACAGUACUUCCUUCAACAGGAUGGAGUACAGGAUACUUCGGGAAAUCCGACCAAUGCUGGCGGCGAGACAACGCAUGCUAGAAAAGAGAUCACGCCCGCAACAAGUGCCACUAACAAUCACCAGGCCUACAUCGGCCUGAUUACUGGUGUGUUGGCGAUGGUUGUUCUACUCCUGGCGUGCACUGUUGUGCUGAUGGUACGCCGAGGACGUAAGAAAGUGGCUCUUCUGCAUAAACACACAGCCUUAGUCUCCAGCAGCACAAAGCCUGGAGUAACCAUCAAUAUGAAGGACUUGAAGAUGAAUAUGGCGCUCUCUACACCAAUCAUCAACAAUGGCUUGUCCCGCUCGCGUGUCGCAGCUGCCAAGAGCAAGAAUAAAGUCGCUGGCACGACGACACCUGCAGCUACUGGCAAGGCGAAUAACAUCUACGGCCACAUGGUCGUCGGUGAGGAAUCCGAGGACAGCGAGAAUUCUUCCGUGUACCACGAGCCGUACAAACUCCUGCCAUCGACAAAACAGGAGUACGGCUGUCUACUCAAGAAGGAUACGCUGUCAUCAAGCAAGAGUGGCGAGUACACUGAUUUCACGAGUGUGAACAGUUUCCAAGAAGACGUGAAGUUCUCGUCGCCGUCGUUCUACAACCUGACGCCGCCUCCGCCACCGACGUCUCGGCCUCCCCCUUACGAGGUGCAAAAUUUCCCCACUCCGACGAAAACCCCACCGAGCAACACACCCAUCGAGAACUAUUACGCAGCUACGGACAUCGUGAAGACGGAAAGACGGGAACAACAUUUCACGCCGGGAAAAUUCACUGCGAUCAAGAUACCGGAGGGUUCACCUCGAGACGGAAGUUCUGCUUCGUUUCUGGAGUUCCCACGACAUCGCCUUCGACUUGUGGAGAAACUGGGCGAGGGAGGUUUCGGAAUGGUUCAUUUAUGCGAAGCAGAGGGAAUCCCCGAAUACAAUGGAGUGUCCUCGUUCCACAAGAAGCAGCUUGUCGUAGUGAAAUCCCUCUGGCGUGGGAGUGGAGAAACAACGAGACAAGAAUUUCUCCGUGAAGUCAGCUGGUUGGCGAGCUUCAGGGAUCCGAAUCUGACACGCAUCAUUGGUAUCUGCAGCCAGGAGGAACCUCUGUGUGUGAUUCAGGAGCACUCAGACCUGGGAGAUUUGCCACAGUUCUUGCAGCUUCAGAGUCUGGUCACAGACGACGGCACAUCCACGCUCAGUUAUGGUUGCCUCAUCUUCUUGGCGACGCAGAUUGCUUCCGGCAUGAAAUACUUGGAGUCACUGGAGAUGGUUCACAGGGACGUGGCGGCGAGAAACUGUGUAGUGGGCAAGAACUACGUAGUGAAGAUCUCAGAUCACGCCAUGUAUUGCGGCCAAUACGAGGCUGAUUAUUAUGUAAGCGACACAAAGUCACGACUACCAAUCAGGUGGAUGGCUUGGGAGAGUUUGCUUUUGGGCAAACAGAGCACAAAAAGUGACGUCUGGUCCUUCGCAGUGACGCUAUGGGAGAUCCUGAUGCUAUGUGGUCAGCAACCUUUUGCCGAACUGACUAGCGAGCAGGUGGUAGAGAACUGUAACCACUGGUAUCAAAACGAUGGUCUCCAGCGAUAUCUGUCUCGCCCUCCAUCGUGUCCGCGCGAGAUCUAUGACCUCAUGGGUGAAUGUUGGAAAAGACACGAAGCCGACCGCCCUCGUUUCGGCGAGAUACAUCUUUUCCUCCAGAGGAAGAACCUCGGUUACGUCCCCGCCAACGGUUAAGUAACUGAAGAGUUGUAGGGUGUUAAUUUCUUCAUAUCUCAUAAAAUAUCUUGGGUGUAGUUCAAAUGAAGAAACACUUCAAACCCUUCGUUUUUACACGAGAUACGAGAGUGUUCACAGGAGUGUCAUUUGAAACAGACAACAAAAGAAUGCACUAAUAUUUCUUUGCCUUUGGAAAUCUGAGGCAUUCUAACGAAAACCACUGUUGUGUGGGACCACUGGAAGAUGACAUUGCGUCUUCAAACAUUUUCUUUUCUCCCCUGUACGACUUUUGAUAUAGCUCGUUCAAAUUACUUUCUGUGAAUUACUUUUCGUGAAUGUAUUUGUUUUCUCCCUUCAGAAGUAAGAAAAUAUAUAGAUGAUAUAUAAAUUACCUGCCCUCUUAAUUUUUAUUUAGAUUUAAAAUGUGUAUCAAAGUUGGAUUGUGAAGUUGUGUUUUCUUUGACAUAAAAAUAACUUUAAGGAUGUUUCGGUUGGAAUGUAUCAUUCAAGACAUUUCACAUCGAGUACUUAACAAUAUCAGAGUGUAUUGUGUUCCAAGUCGAAAGCAGAAAACGAACGAGACAUCGAUGUGGGUGCAUCGUGUGGCAACGCUCAUAUUUUCUGUCGUAAUGUAAUUGGAAUUUAUUUCUUCAGAUGUAUAGUCAGUGUUCAGUUAAGCUCAGGGUGACAUGUCGUAAGACUAACAAGGAUUGUUUUGUUGAUUUAUAGUUAAAUUGUUGCACAAACUGAGCUUUGAACGGAAUUGGUCUGAAAGUUGGACAAAAAACUAAGAUGCAAUUAAUAUUUUUCACUUUAAAUAACUGGUGUUACAACGUCAGACGCUGAGAUACUUCAAAGAGUGAGGCGGUGCACAGAUUUAAAUGGCCAUGAUUUAAUCUCUGUGUCAAUGUAUUGAAGAUUACUUGGAAAUCUUUUGGCCGAGGGAAAAUUUGUGUGGAAAGUGUUGAUUCGUUAUUUAGAUGUAGUCUCCACUUCAACCUGCGACAACUAUUUUCUUCUCCCUGAUAGUCACAAUAAUCACAUGUUUAUUUAAUAAUCUGUCGUGCUCUUUAUAGGAUAAUGAUGUUGAUAAAUAAGAUGUAACUAUUUUUCACGUCUUGUGUGAUCAUUCACUCUAGUGUCUUUCUCGCGUGUGGACUGGGAGUUACGUGACUGCGAUCCCGUUGACAAAGAACCGGUCGUUCAAUCGCGGAACUUAACAAAAAUAUUAUUACAUUACGCGUUCUUUAUCAAUUUGUUGGUUGACUGUGUGUGCAUCGAUUCUGUAAUCGAGGGAGUGAGUCUCGAAUUCUGUCAUCAUGAAAUAAAGACCUGAAGGUAGGGUUACGUUCUCACAUAUGCACACACAAAAAUGUAAAUAUACAGAAACGAGGACAACUGAAAAAAAUUUUUGCACCGACAUGAUUGAUUAUACGUAUAUUUUCUUGGUUCGUAGAUAGUAGAGGAUAUGAAGUUUAGAAAUAUAGGAAGACAUAAUCAUCAGGAAUACACUGCAGUGAGGAACGAAAUUUAGUUAUUAUUAUAAUAAUAAUUAUUAUACGAUUAUAAAUUCCAGAAUAUUAAAAAUGGAAAUAGCUCAAUUUUUAGAUGUAUGCAUUUUUAUGAGUGUGUGUCAAAUUAUAAAUUGGUUUAAUAUUAUCGAUUACAUAUACAUCUGUCAAAGAUGCUAAUAUAAGUUUCUACAAUGUUAACUUGGCCUAUACUGUGCGUAAGAUUUGGGUUAUAAAAUGGUACUUAACUUACUUGUGUGUAAUGUAAUAUGCUUGUGUGGAGAUACACGAACUUAGCGAACUGAACUUGUGUAGUAGUGAACUCUGUCUUCGGAACGUACGUUCAUAGAAUGACGGAAGUUUGAGAGCUGGAGAGAGACUUUCGUUCCCACUCUUUUGACAGCGAUGGUUGUGAUGCGAAGGCAAGCGUGUGCAACGGGUAGCCUAAACUUCGCGGCGAUUCAACAGUUCACUUGAAAGCUUUUAUAAUUACUCUCAAAAGCAGAAUUUCCAGUGAAUUAUCACAUCACAUAAUAUAUUAUCCACCUUUAACAAAAGGGCAAGAAUUGUUAAUGAGAUUACUUCCUACGAGUGAUUGUUAGAAACAUUUAUCAUAGAUGUGUUUCGUGAAAAAUAAUAAAUAAAUAAAUUUUAAAGAAAAUUAUGUCUCGUAUAAGAACUCAACAUAUUUUUCCGAUGUCAGUGAUUAUUACUUUUAGUGAUAAAACGUGAUUAUGUAUGAGAACAAUCCAACGUUAUGUUGACAAUCUUUCUCUAUUGGUACGGUCGGACUGAUCUGGAUAUUACGAACUGGAGGAGCUGUAGAUGAAUGCAUUUUUUUAAAAGCACGUGUCCUGUGAAUAAUCAUCACCAUCAUAAUUAUUAUUAUAACAUGUUAUUGUGGUAUUAUUUUAGUGUUAAGUAUUUUGAAAUAUGCCACAGACCUCACUUGGCUAUAGUAGUAACUCUUCCUUAUUGUAAUUAAAAUCAUCCCUUAAAAUAUCGGCGUCUGAACACAGCAGAAAUUCCUAUUUCGGUGCAGAAACGUCUUCAGCAGUCAGUGGCUAGUCUCUUAUCCGUAUUCAUUCUCUUUUUGUGCAGUUUCUGUCUGUCUGCGUGGAAAACCGAAAUGAUUCACAUCAAAUGCUACUGUUUAAUGACAUACGUGCAGCAGUUCUGUAGGCUGGUUAAAUUUUAUAAAUACUAAUCAGGUGAAAGAUUGCAUUGGGAACAAUACAAAUGUGAAUAAACUGUCUUCUGGGAUUCUGCUCUGUGUAAACGUACUACAAUUUACUGACGUCUAAGACGUGUUUACUGCAUGUAUCAUAAAGUCACCCUGAUGAUGGAAUCAGUAAGCACCUCUGAAACGUCGGAUAAUAUGUACCAGACUACACGGCGCAAUAUCCCUGAAGACAUCCAUACUGCUGCUCGUCGUCGUGAGAAUCUGAAUCUCGCCAUCAAAAAUACGUCAUUAUAAAAGUGAGUUUCGUUUCGGUUCGUUUAUUUUUAUUUAUUUUAUUUUUGCCUACCUCAUAAUAGAGAAUUUGAAACCAGUGGCUUUAGUUACUUUCGAAACUUUUUUAAUAAUGACAUAACGUUGAAAUUUCCUUAUAAUAUAUUCAUAUUCUUACGUCAUAUUCAUUCUGUAAAUGAUUAUAUCUGACAAAACUUUUAGUAAAAUAGGUGGGACCAGUAUAUUAACGGCAGAUUUUAUUUGAUUAAGCUUUUGAUUGCGUUUAAAUAAUAAUAUAAUAGUUUUAUGCUGUAGAAUACGAAAAAGGCAAAGCCAGUUGUUAUUAACUCCGAACCGUUUGAAUGUAACACUAUCGUCAUUUUUAACGCGUAAUUGCUGUUACAAAUUUCCAGUUCCCAGGCAGACCCUGUCAUUAGUCUGAGUGUGGGGGUUAUAUUAUAUAAUAUGCGUAAGAAAUCCAAAUCAAGGAAAUGCAGUACAUUCAGCUAUUGUAUAAAAAGCAUAAUCUCAAAGUAAUACUUUAUGAUAUGACCAAUAAUCGGGCUUUCCUGAACGCACUGGCCGGAAAAAUUAUGAUGUCACAACCAAGAUGAAUACGAAAAGUGAAAUUAGUAUCUGUGGCAUCUAAGAACAAAGGUAAAUGUGAUAUGACACCGAAGUCACACCGGAUGCCUAAUAUUUCUUCUGUAGAUGUGCGUAUCUGAAAUUUGUGUUAUUGAAUGGAAAAGCAUUUGGAAACUACAGGGGUAGAUAGCUAUUAGCUCUAGUGGAAGAAAUAUUUUCUUUGAUCAGAAAUUGUCAUAAAACAAAAGAAAUAUUUUCUGUAUUAAAUGCCUGUGCUGCAUGUUAGUGAUGGAAGUAUUAAAAUAAAGACUGCCGGCCCCUUUCACGAGAAAAUGCACAGAGAAAAUUAACAUUGUUAUUAGACAUUAUUUAUUAACAAUGUUAAAUUUAUUAAAUAUGUUAAUCAUAAUAUCUACUUACGGAUAUUCUACUUAACCAUACAUAUUAGCGAAUUAAAGUUGUAGAAAAUAAAUUUACUUAUAAGGUAAUAAUUAUUCGAUAAAUACUACUCCGAACCUACUUUUGUCUGAUAAAGAAUACAAAAAUAUUUGACUGAAAUUAUUUUCUUCCGUAAUGUAGUCCUUCACUAUAUAGCACAAUGGUAAUCAUUUUACUUUUAAAUAAUGUUUAAUAACAGCGUUAUGUAACGUGUCUUUGAUUCUUCGUAAGAUUUCAAAUAAAUCUUAUUUUCACAGAAGGCAAGGAUUGGGCUUCAACGUGAGUAAGCAGGCAUAAUGCGAUUAACAGUGGAAUGUUCUAAAUACGAAGGAAGCUGUCUCCAUAAGUAUUUCAGUUUUGCCUCCGAAAGAAAAUUUAUUCUAAAUAUUAAAUGUUUUAUAUGUAAUAAUAAACAGGAUUUGUAUUUUAGCACACCUGUAUAUGCGUGAACUAGUACUGCCACUGAGAGUAACGUGAUUUAGGAAUAACGUUUUGACCUCUACACGCUUUACAGAAAAUCUGAUGUAUAUUUAAUUUCACGUUUUGUAAUCACAGAGUGUCUUAGGCGUUAUAACGAAAAAAAUUUGUGGCACUUUUUAUGCAUAAGUUUCGAUCAUAUUCAACUUUUGAUUUAUCCUUAAUGCUUAAAAUGCUUGUUCGAUUAAUAUAUAGCGCGAAUGCUUUUAACUAACGGAUGGAUAUUAUUUUUAAAUAUUUAAUAGGACGUGUUCAGUUUAUUUUACAAUUUACCUUCAGUUGACACCACGUCCGAUAAAGGAAUCCUCCUCGAUUUAAUUCUUUCUAAGUCGAUAUAUUUUAAAAGAUCGAUAGUACAUGCCGACAAAGCAUAUCCAACUUAACUAGAUUUAAUUUAAUCGAUUUGUCAAUCUCUGUAUAGGCCUACUUCCCAGUACGAAACGAGAGGAACACUGUUCUUCCCAUUGCCACGUGACAAUCAAGUGCAGUGGAAUGCUACGACGUAGUUACUAGUCACUAUUAUUAAAUAAAUGUGUUUCUUCGUUCUAAAAUAUUCAAAUAAUGAUGGCUGUUAAUUUUCUACAGCAGGUCUCUAUACUGCGUGUUGUUCCAUUAGUUUAUUGGGAUGCUAAAUACAUACAUAUUAUCCCAUUAUUGUAAUAAUCACGACACUCAUUUCAGUGUUUCAAUACAUAUGGAUAAAAUGUUAUUGUUUGUAAAUAAAUGUCACAAUUUGGCCAUUCCAUUUGAUCUCUUUCCUGAAGAAGAUCAAUGAUAUAGAAAUUGUCGUCAUUUUAAAUUUAUAAGUGAAAAGUCAUGUGGUUUUUAGUACUGAUCUAAAUAAUAUUUUAAGUAUGUUUUUAUGUAUGUUUAGGGCCUAAUAUUUUGACUUUAAGAUUUAUAGAUAUUAGUAAUUCACUCAAAUAUUAUGUUGAUAUUUGUAUGAAAGAAACAUGUAAUUUGUAUCACAUCUUCCCAUUUCAUAAUUAAAGUUAUCUGUUGCAGCAUAUUUUGUGACUGGUGCAAAAGGUCUUGGUAUAUUUGCCAUUUUGGUUAUCACGAUAUAUUUGAGUUUUAUUUAUCGUACGUUCCCCUAUUUACAUUUAGUCUGUAUUACAUUAUGUUACAAUAGCGUUAAUGUUUUCGCACAAUUAUUCCUCGUGAUCAGGACUUUUCCAUGGUGUGAUCGUAUUGGUGAACAUAAAGCCUGCGUUUGUGUUCACGUUUUUCAGACUCUCUACAAUGAAUAAUUCUAAGAACUAUCAUCUAUGAACAACAAGAGAUAUAUCAGUCGAUUACAUUGAGGUCUUUUUACGUCAUGACUAUCCACGCUGAGGAAAGACAAAUCAUUUUGAGUUUUAAGUCUGAUGCUUUGAAAUUACCUGCAGAUGAAUAGAUUCUUAGUCACUGACGUUCUAACGCCGUCGUAUAAGAGACUCCAUGCUACAACGUAACAUGUUUGAUGAUGCCCUAAAAUGAUAGACCUUUAGCACCAGUCAAAGACACGUUGUUGCUAAUAGAAGCGGCCUUCAUCAUUAAUGUAUAUGGAGAGAAAAGUUAUGGCUGAUGAUGUCAAAACUUGGAUGAAUGUUGUAUACUAAAGAGUGAUUGAAGAGAAAAAUAUUGAUUUUAUUUAAUUUUGCAUGUUUCUCAUCUAGACAUAUCACAACUGAAGAAACUCUAGAAAGGAAAGACUAUACCAUGCACUAUUUUACAACAUAGAUGUAAAAGAAUAAAGUGCCACAAUAAUACAAUUGAAAAUGCUUUUUGUAUUCUUAAAUGUCGAUAAUAAAUGUGUUGACAAACAACGUUCA